AUGGAAGACCGGUCUCCAUCGAGCUCGAGUACGGCAGAGAAGGGAGACACGUCGGGUCACAGUAAGCAAGCGGCCUGUUUGAACUGUAGACGUAGCAAGACCCGUUGCCUUAGAGAUGUUGGGGAUCUCAAGUGUAAAAAGUGCUCUCAGACAAACUUGGACUGUGUCAUACCAGAAUAUCGGGUUGGGCGGAAGAAAGGCAUCAAGAACAAACGGGACGGUUUAGAAAAAGCCGUAUACCGGAUUGAGCAGGCGAUCAAGCGGCGCAAGACACACGUCCCCGAGCCAGAAGACGGGCAAACGGUUCAACAAUUAGAGAACCUUCUACAUGAAGCCCAGAAUCUACUUCCCAGACAUCCUUCCCAUGAUGUCGAAUCAAAUUUCCAGAUGGAGAACCACCUUUCUCAACCCGAAAGGAUACCUCGCCACGAUACCCUUGGACAUAGCCUACCAGAGUCAGAUGCAGCUAUUAAUCAGAAUUCUGACGACCAUUUUGCUGUCGACGAUGCGGAAAACCCGCUUCAAUUGCUUGCAAGAGCAUCCGAUCUUUCCGGUCCUACCCGUGCGGCAAAGGAUAUCCCAAGCAUUCCGGCUGCUCCUGCUGCCCUUCGGCUGGAUGCCCCGAAAGACCAGGCUCUCCGGGAUUUCUUCGGGCCAUUUAGGCCUAGUUUAGAUGUCGGGGAAGACAUCGAUCCGAUUGAGAUGGGUCUUGUUACCCAGGAAGAGACAGAUGCCCUCUUCAAUUAUUUUCACAAAACCCUCUCACAUACAAGGUGGGGACUGGAUCCUGUACUACACACUCCUCAAUUUGUCCAGGGGCAAUCGUCAUUUUUGUUCACAUCGAUCCUCGCUGCCUCUGCACUAUUUAUCCCAACGGCCGCUGCAAUCUCCAAAAGAUUGUCUGCCCAUUGCAAAUUCCUAGCUCGCAAUAUUAUUGCCCAUCGGCAUCGAUCACCAGAGAUCGUUUUGGGAUUCAUGAUGAACAUACCUUGGAUGGCCCCAGGAGCUCACUGGUCAGAUGACGAGACGUGCUCAUAUAUGGCCACGGCUGUAAAUAUUGCAAUGGAUUGCUCGCUGGACAAGCUCAUCAUCACGUCUCCGAUUGAUCCUUGCAGCAAUAGCCAAGCUGGUAGAACACAAUCAGAGUACAUUACCGCGAGGAAAGUCUUAGACAUGGAUGGCUUCCGAGAUGUCGAUCCAAUGUCCGACUACGGAAGAAGACUCCUUCGCCGGAGGGAAAGGAUUUGGCUUGCAUUGUUUAUACUUGACAGAGGAGUUUGCCUGGCAAGAGGAAGAAGUUUCACGGUGCCAGUGACCCCGCUUAUCGAGACAUGUGACGACUGGCAUUUAUGUUCAAUUGCAGAUCGUUGGGACGGCUCCGCGAUUUGUAUAACGGCUUUAAGAAGAGACCUCGUUGAUCUGAUUUCAGAUGUCAAGAAGAGUUGCGACAGCAAUCGUGCUCAAAGCAUCAAUGGGGUCAUAAUAGCCCAGUCCCUUCAACAAUUGAUUGACGGCUUUUUCAACCGCUGGUAUGCGACGUGGGCUUUCGCAAUUGGUGGAACAGAAGAUAACUCCGUCCCGCCCUACGUUGAGAUUUUAGUCAUUCAUGGUCGUCUGUCUAUUUAUAGUUCGGUCAUAAACCACCCCACCGCGCCUGUUGAAGUGAAGAGCUUCUUCCGAGCUGCUGGCCUUUCAUCUUCCCUUAAUGUUAUGCGCGCCGCAGUUCAAGGCGAGAGUAGCCUGCAAUCCUUACCGAACAAUACGUGUAUCAUGAUCUCCUUUGCCGCCUGCUUUGCUAUUUAUCUAAGUACUAUGGGCGCUGGGCCUAAAGGGCACUUGAGCUUAGCACCAAGUAUUAGAAUGCUGAUCGAGGAGUCGGCUGGUGUUCUCGAGAGGAUCGGAUCUAAUCCCCCUCAUCGCAAUGGAACAUCCGCUUUGUAUGGUAGGCAUCUGCGAGAAGUGGUGCGAAGUUUGCUUAAUCAGCCGAACACCAUCGGUCAAUUAGGGCAAGGGGAUAGUCGUGCCCAUAACCAGCAACUAUAUACGCAAAGUUCUUGUCCUAUAGACCAGAACAACAGUCCUAUCAAUACACGUCAGCAAUCGCAGGGUCCACAGAUAUAUCCUCAUCAGCAACUCGAUUUGACACCUGGGCCAGCUUCGGCAGCUGUUCCUAUGUCAGCUGAAUUAUUACAGUUCUCGGCCAUGUCCGAUGAUCAGAUAAACGAAGCAAUUCAUAAUGCGGGCGAUCAGUUUGAUUGGAACCUAUCCAAUUUGCAAAUGGAUGAUCGCACGGGGUUGGACUGGUUAAACUGGUUUAACUUGGAAGUUUGA